AUGGCCAGCGAAACUCCAAGAUUAGACCCUACAGAAAUUGCAAAUAGUAAUGCAUCUGUCUUCAGAAUAAUUGCACAAGUGAAAUCACAACCAACUGAAUCUACACUAAUCCUUUCAUCUCCAUCCAAAGGUAAUGAAAUGAUUACUUUAAGUAACGUAAGGCUUUCGAUGACAAGAACUCCCUUCCAGAUUGAUUCGUGGUAUGAAUUCGUCUGUAGAGCUAAUGAUACUGGUGAUGUUGGAUUUCUAAUAUUAGAUUCUGUUCCUUGUAUAUUAAAGGAAAAUGAAUCAAUAAGUAUUGAUGGUAUAGUGGCUUUACAACAAUUGACGAAAAAAUUCCCGGAAAUUUACUGA